AUGACCCGCAGUGGAGAAUUGUCUAAAACAAUUUUAUGGCUAGGCUCAUCGAUAGAAAAUUCUAUUGGUAUUGACAGAAACAAUAAUCUUGAUAAUAUUGAACUUGCAUAUAAUGAUCCUAAAGACGCUAUCAAAAAUUUCAUUAUUAAUGGGUUAAAUCAUGUUAAUGCUAUUCUUGGACAAAGAAAUUUUAUUGAUAUUAAUGAUUUUGAAUUAUAA